AUGGAAAAUCAGACCAAUGUGAAGGAGUUUAUUAUUCUUGGGUUCUCAGACAUACUAGAAUACCAACAUUUCUUGUUUGUGUUUUUCUUGAUAUUGUAUGCCAUCACUAUCACUGUAAAUAUAUUCCUCAUCACCAUAAUUCGAUGCACACGUCAGCUCCAUAAACCCAUGUAUUUCUUUCUUGGUAACUUAUCUUUCCUUGAAUUAGGUUAUAUCUCUGUAACUGUCCCAAAAAAUAUUAUAGACAUCCCAAGGAAAAGAAAAAGCAUUUAUUUUAAUGGCUGUAUCACCCAGCUCUUCUUCUUCACUUUCCUUGGGGCCACUGAGACCAUUCUUCUCUCAGUUAUGUCCUUUGAUCGAUUUCUGGCAGUGUGUUUCCCUCUGCGCUACACAAGCAUCAUGAGUCAUAAGUUCUGCUUCAUUCUGGCAGCUGCCUCGUGGGUCCUCGGUUUCUUGACUACAUCGUUUCCAAUUAUUCGGAUAUCACAGUUGCAUUUUUGCAGUGGCAAUGUAAUUAACCAUUUCUUUUGUGAGUCAGCUCCUCUGCUUAAACUGUCCUGUUCUAACCCUUAUUUCAGAGAACUAACUGUCAUUGUCUGUGCAUCUUCAGUCAUCCUCAGUUCAGUUCUUUUAACCAUGAUGUCUUAUGGAUUUAUCCUGAGGGCUAUAUUGAGAAUUAAAUCCAUUAAUGGAAAACAGAAAGCAGCAUCUACCUGUGCUUCACACCUGUUGGUGGUAACCACCUUCUACUCAACAAUGUUUGCCAUGUACAUUAAACCCACUGCAAGUGAAGGAUCCCUGAACAAAGUGAUGGCAUUGUUCUAUGCGGUUUUCACUCCCCUUCUCAACCCAUUUAUCUACAGUCUACGUAACAAGGAAGUUAAAGAAGCCUUUUUGUUCCUCACAAAAAGAAAGUGGUUCUGAAGCUAUUCAGGUGUACUUGUCAGUAAUUUAGCGUUGUGCCAAUAAAAUAAAGAAAUUAAUGAAUGUUUCAAA